UCAAUUACAACAAGUACAGUGAUCACGUAGAUAACACAUAAAUCAAAACAGGUAUUCCAUACCUUAAUUUCAGCGUCCGUAAAUAAAUCUCGUCAAUAAUAUUUAACUAGGGCGGCUAUUCGGUAACAUCAGUGUCGGCCGUGCGCUUGAAGUGUAUGGUUGUGUCAGAAAGUGCAUUGAGGGAGAGUGCAACGUGUCAUCUGCGAGAUCACUACGUACAAGAUGGCACAAAGGUCAGACGUCCACAUUGCGCGUUGGCUUGAGGAGGAUCGUGAGGAAGACUUUAUCGACGGACCAGCCGGUUCUGAUGAUGGUACGGACUAUGUUGAAGAGGUUCUAGACAGUUCUGGAAGUGAAUACAGCAGCGCAUCAGAAGAACCUGCUGACGUCGAUGAUCUUGACUGGGAGACAAUCUUCAAUGUAAUAGAAGGACCCAGCUCUCAAUACUAUCUAGGUCUUGAAGGCACAAAAUGGAUGAAAGAGCCGAUAGAAGCAAGGCUAAUCCUUCAAAGUGACUAUAACGUAUUCAUUCAAGCUGGACCCCGAGACUACGCUAGGACCAGGAGAACUCCCUCAGAAUGCUUCGAUCUAUUCUUCGAUGAAGACGUUAUCUACAUGAUUACCAAAUUCACCAAUGAACGUAUCAUUAAAGAACAAAAGAAGUUCGCCAGGGAGAGAGAUGCGAAGCUCACCGAUGAGGUGGAAAUAUAUGCACUUUUAGGAAUUUUGUACUUAAGUGGAAGUACAAAAUCAGGGCGAGAAAAUUUCUUGCAAUUAUUCGAUUCCAAGAGAGGAACUGGAAUGGAAGCAAUAUAUCUUACAAUGAGUGCUCAAAGAUACAGGUUUCUAAUGAAGAAUCUUCGUUUUAGCGAUUGCUCAAAUGAGCGUACUUCGGACGAUAAGUUGUCACCAAUCAGGAUUUUGCUGCAAGUAUUGAUAAACAAUUUUCAAAAACAUUAUACUCCAGGUCAUGAAAUGGCGUUGAGCCACACAAUGAUACCUUUCAAAGGAAGAUGUGGAUUCCGUCACCACGUGCCGAAGAAACCAUUUAAGUAUGCACUAAAAAUGUUUAAUUUAGUGGAUUGCUAUUAUCCGUAUACUUACAAUUUGGAACUUUAUUUGGGUGAAAAUCCAGGGCCUUAUGACAUAGGUUAUAGCAAAUUAGACACUAUGGUUCGAAUAACUGAUCCUAUUCAAGGAGAAUAUCGGAAUUUGACUUUAACUAACUAUUUCACAUCACUGGAGUCUGUUGAAAUGCUGUUUGAUAAAAAAAUUACAGCGGUGGGCUCAAUCAAACCAACUAAAAAAGAAGUUCCUAGAAUAUUUAGAACGGUUAACGACAAGAUGUUGUACAACUCGCUUUUUGGUUUCGGCCAUGCCGCUACCUUGGUUCAAUACAUUUGCAAGCCCGAUAAGGCCGUUCUCUUGCUGUCAUCUAAGCACAGUGAUUGCUCCAUUGAUAUGAAUUCUGGCCUUACUUUUAGGCCUGAUAUAAUGACUUAUUACAAACGCACUAAAAGUUCUGUGGAGGUUUUGGAGAAGCUUUGUGCUAGAGGCGAUGUCACAAGGAAUUCCCGUAGAUGGGCACUGACAGUGUUUUUCCGCCUGAUGAAUAUAGCUGCUGUAAAUGCGCUAUGCGUAUAUACUAUCAAUAAGAGGCAGGAGCGAGUUGUGCGCCGUGAGUUCCAGAUAGAGAUGGCUCUCAGUAUGAUUAGGCCGAUGAUACAGAGGAGGAUGCACUCUGAUAACAUACCGAAGAUUGUGAAGCAGAAAAUGUGUGAGUUUCUAAAUGUUCCGAUACCGAUAGAUGUUGAGCUGCAAAUUGAUCUAACUGAUCACGCGACCUGCACCAGAACUGGGCCAAGAGGAAGAUGCCAUGUUUGCCGACGCGCACGUAGCAACAAAACAACUCGUGAAGUUUGCGCCUCUUGCAAUAGAUUCACUUGCUUCGCACAUAGCAAAUAUGUCUGCAAUAAUUGCUAUGGCAAGUAAAUCUUUUUUAUUUAUGUCCAGCCUCGGUCAGAUCCGACCGCUGGGCAAAACCCUCCCCAUAAUAAUAUCGAACUUAAUACUUUUAAUUAUUAACUUUAUCAAUUAACAUGAUAUACUACGAAUUGAUGUAAUUGUGAUUUAACGGGCCAACGUGAUUUAAGGCUUUGGCCUAAACUUUAAUAUUAGAAAUAUGAUAAUCGUAUAAAAUACUAGUUAACCACUACAGCGUUGUGCGCGUUUUAAGACUUUAUGAUACUCAUAUAAUCUAGUUUAGAUUUUCCGGAAAGUAGUGACUUCCCUUCAGUGAAGUUUAUUAAAUAACUCACUGUUUUUAGCGAUAUCUUGAGUAAACUCACAUUUUGACUUAUUAUAUUAGAGUAGAUUAGCGUGUAUGUUAACGUGAUUUACUAAUAAAUACAGUUCGAAACUAUUUGUUAUUUCAAUAAC